AUGUAAUAAGACUUAAACUGAGCUUUAGCUUAUUAUUUACAACCUUAAUUGUACCAAAACUAAAUACCGUUUAAUUUUUAUUGGAGACCUCAACAUUUACUAAAUAUAAAUUUUAUUGUUAAUAAUCCUCCAAAAGGAUAAAAUAAUUAUAAUACUUUAUAGAAACCUUUGAAAUUUCUCAUCCAAAGCCCUUUUUUUCAAUAUUUGAACAAGAUAUUUUUGAUAAUAAUUAUAUUUCUUGUAAAAUUUGCUAAAAAUGAAUAACAUUGAAGAUUUUGAUUUUUACACUCAAUAUAAAGAAGAUGUAAAGAACGUAAGUGUUGGGUAACGAUUUUUAUUAGAUAGAUGCUUAAUGGAAGGCCAAAUAAAACUCUAUCGCAUAGUUAGGGUGGAGAUUUUGAUUACCUUAAGUUCUACUAAAAAACCCUUUAAGAUUUGCUAGAUUAAAUUAUUCAAAACCACUAAAUAUCUGUUUCCAUUGGCAUAUAUUGGAAAUUUUCAAUAUGUGCCAAUCAAUUGCAAAUUAAUAAAUUUAGAGGAAUUAUAAACUCAGCUCAUUGACCAUUAUUAAUAACAAUAGCAACCAAUUGAUGAAGUACAAUUAAUCUUGAACUCUUGUCGAUGAUUAUAUGAUUUAUAUGUGUGAAAGCGAA